GAGCGCGCCUGGGUGUCCAACAUGGCUGAGGUGCUGCUGUUGCUGCUUCUCCUGCUGGAGCAGGGGGCAGGAUGCUGAGUUCCCCAGCAGCCAGCAGCAGCCUCAGUCCUGGCAGGGGCAGUGGGGGCUGAGGCAGGCUCUUCUCAGCCAUGGCUAGGCUGGCUGACUAUUUCAUUGUGGUGGGCUAUGACCAUGAGAAGACAGGCUCAGCAGAAGGUUUGGGGAAAAUAAUUCAGAGGUUUCCUCUGAAGGAUUGGCAUGACACUCCCUUUCCCCAGGGAAUAGAGUUGUUUUGUCAGCCUGGAGGAUGGCAGUUGUCCAGAGAGAGAAAGCAGCCUACAUUCUUUGUGGUGGUUUUGACCGAUAUAGACUCAGAACGGCACUACUGUUCAUGUUUAACUUUCUAUGAAGCAGAGAUCAACCUGCAGGGAACAAAAGAGACUGAAGGUGAAGAAGAGGAGUCUGGUUUAAUUCAGCCUGCUGAAGUGUUUGCUCCCAAAAGCCUGGUGUUGGUGUCCAGACUAGAUUAUCCAGAAAUUUUCAGGGCUUGCCUUGGCUUGAUCUACACUGUGCAUGUGGAUAGCCUGAAUGUGUCCUUGGAGAGUCUCAUUGCAAAUCUCUGUUCAUGCCUUGUCCCUGCAGCCGGAGGCUCUCAGAAAUUGUUUUCACUGGGAGCAGGAGACAGACAACUGAUACAAACCCCUUUACAUGAUAGCCUUCCUGUUACCAGUACCAGUGUGGCUCUUCUUUUUCAGCAGUUGGGAAUCCAAAAUGUGCUGAGCUUGUUUUGUGCGGUCCUUACAGAAAACAAGGUUCUCUUUCACUCUGCAAGUUUUCAGAGGCUCAGUGAUGCCUGUAGAGCACUGGAGUCUUUAAUGUUUCCUCUCAAAUAUAGUUAUCCCUAUAUUCCAAUUCUCCCUGCGCAGCUGCUAGAAGUUCUCAGUUCACCAACGCCUUUCAUUAUUGGUGUACAUUCCAUCUUUUGUGCUGACAUUCAUGAGCUUUUGGAUAUAAUUAUAGCAGACCUGGAUGGAGGCACUAUUAAAAUUCCUGAAUGUAUUCAUCUAUCUCAACUCCCAGAGCCACUGCUACAUCAGACUCAAACAGCUCUUUCUUUAGUUUUACACCCUGAUUUGGAAAUGGCAGAUUAUGCAUUCCCUCCGCCACGAACAGGUUUAUCACACUCAAAAAUGCUGGAUAAAGAAGUACGAGCAAUUUUCCUGAGAUUGUUCGCACAACUUUUCCAAGGAUACAGGUCAUGCCUUCAGCUGAUCAGAAUUCAUGCUGAGCCAGUUAUACAUUUUCACAAGGCGGCCUUUUUGGGCCAGCGAGGCUUGAUUGAGAAUGACUUUCUCACCAAAAUUCUCAAUGGAAUGGCAUUUGCUGGUUUUGUAUCUGAGAGAGGUCCUCCCUACAGAUCCUGUGAUCUCUUUGAUGAGUUGGUAGCUUUUGAAGUUGAAAGAAUUAAAGCUGAGGAAGGUAAUCCACCAAAAAUGAUGAAGCACAUCAGAGAGCUUGCAGAACAGCUGUUCAGAAAUGAGAAUCCAAAUCCUCACAUGGCAUUCCAGAAAGUUCCACGGCCCACAGAGGGAUCACAUUUACGAGUUCAUAUCCUUCCUUUCCCCAAAAUUAAUGACAGUCGGGUUCAGGAACUAAUUCAAGAAGGCCUGGCUAAGAACCAAAGUGCACCAUCUGCUACUCGGGUAGAAAAAAAAUGUGUGGUUCCUGCUGGUCCACCUGUUGUUUCCAUAAUGGAAAAGGCCAGUACGGUUUUCAACAGUGCCCAGAGGCUGGAAGUUGUUAGAAACUGCAUCUCAUUCAUAUUUGAAAAUAAAAAUUUGGAGACUGAAAAGACCCUGCCUGCUGCACUGAGGGCGCUAAAAGGAAAGGCAGCUCGACAGUGCCUCACACAGGAGCUAAGCCUGCAUGUUCAGCAAAAUCGGGCAAUACUGGAUCACCAGCAGUUUGAUUACAUAGUGCGGAUGAUGAACUGUACUUUACAGGAUUGUUCAACUUCAGAAGAAUACAGCAUUGCUGCAGCAUUACUGCCCCUGACAACUGCAUUCUACAGAAAACUGGCACCUGGAGUUAGUCAGUUUGCUUACACCUGUGUACAAGACCACUCUAUAUGGACUAACCAACAGUUUUGGGAAACCACAUUUUAUAGCGAUGUGCAAAAUCAAGUUCGUUCCCUCUAUCUCACAGCUAGGGAAGACAAUCAUACAAUAUGUUUGAAGCAAAAGGAGAGAAAUUCUGUAGGUCUGGACCAGGAUAAAACAGCCAUGGACCUGGCUGCUGAGCAGUUGCGUUUAUGGCCAACACUCAAUAAAGAAACUCAGCAGGAGCUGAUACAGAAUGAGGAAAGUACAGUUUUCAGUCAGGCAAUUCAUUUUGCUAACCUCAUGGUCUACCUGCUAGUGCCACUGGACACAAGUAAAAACAAGCUGUUGAGAACAUCAGCUGCAGGAGACUGGGAGAGUGGAAGCAAUAGCAUUGUCACAAAUAGUAUUGCCGGCAGUGUUGCAGAGAGCUAUGACACUGAAAGUGGGUUUGAAGACUCUGAGAACAAUGAUAUUGCCAAUGCAGUUGUGCGCUUCAUCACCAGGUUUAUAGACAAAGUAUGUACAGAGAGUGGAGUUACACAGGAUCACAUCAAGAGUCUUCAUUGCAUGAUACCAGGGAUUGUAGCAAUGCACAUUGAGACUCUGGAGGCCGUCCAUCGAGAGAGUAGAAGACUACCACCAAUACAGAAGCCUAAGAUUCUGCGACCUGCUUUGCUGCCAGGAGAAGAGUUUGUGUGUGAAGGUCUCCGUGUGCUGCUGGAUCCUGAUGGGAGAGAGGAAGCAACAGGAGGAUUGCUUGGAGGUCCCAACAUUCUCCCAGCAGAAGGAGCCUUGUUCCUUACCACAUACAGAAUUAUAUUUAAAGGCACUCCUCAUGAUCAAUUAGCUGGAGAACAGACAGUGAUCCGGAGCUUUCCCAUUGCAUCUAUUAUGAAGGAGAAGAAGAUUACUAUACAGAACCAGCUGCAACAGAAUAUGCAGGAAGGACUGCAGAUCACCUCAGCAUCAUUUCAGAUCAGACAUUGUUGUUUAUUUCUGAAUUCUAGCACCUUCUCAAAAACACUUGUGAAAGGAGCCAAACGUGCAGGGAAGAUGACAAUUGGUCGUCAAUAUUUAUUAAAGAAGAAGACAGGCACAAUAGUGGAAGAAAGAGGGAAUCGUCCAGGCUGGAAUGAAGAUGAUGACAUCUCUGUUUCAGAUGACAGUGAAUUGCACACAAGUGGUACUUUGAAAGCAUCAGAAAAGUCAACAAUGGAGCAGUUAGUAGAGAGAGCCUGUUUUAGAGACUAUCAGCGUUUGGGACUGGGGACCAUCAGUAGUAGCUCUUCUCGCUCCAAAACAGAAUACUUCCGAAUAACUGCAUUGAACAGGAUGUAUUCGCUUUGUAGAAGCUAUCCUGGACUUUUGGUAGUACCUCAGUCUGUGCAGGACAGCAGUUUGCAGAGGGUAGCUCGUUGUUAUCGUCACAAUCGCCUGCCAGUUGUCUGCUGGAAAAACUCAAAAAUCAGUACUCUGCUUCUAAGAGCUGGGAGCUUCCAUGGAAAGGGAGUUGUUGGCCUCUUCAAAUCUCAAAACACACAUACUGCAGUUCCUUCUAAUUUAGAAUCUUCGAGCAGCAUAGAACAGGAGAAAUAUCUGCAAGCCUUACUGAAUGCAAUUUCCAUCCACUGUAAAAUGAAUGGCAAUAAUACUCUUACUGUAAGACCAACAAUUGCUUUGUCUCCAGGUGUAUGGGCAAGUCUUCGUUCUAGCAAUCGAUUUAUCAGCACUCAGGCGCCAUUCAUUGAUGUCGGUGCAAGACUAGCAGGGAAAGAUAACACAGCGUCAUACAGUAACAGUUCAUUUUUGCAAAACCAGCUUCUGAAACGCCAAGCUGCCCUCUACAUAUUUGGAGAAAAAUCUCAGUUAAGGGGCUUCAAACUUGAUUUUGCUUUGAAUUGUGAAUUUGUGGCUGUUGAGUUCAGUGACAUCCGACAGGUGAAAACUAGUUUUAAAAAGAUGAUGCGAGUUUGUGUUCCCAGUACUAUUCCUACAGAUUCUGAAGUAACAUUCCUUAAGGCACUUGGUGAAUCAGAGUGGUUCUCACAGCUUCACAGGAUAAUGCAAUUGAGUGUGGUGAUAUCAGAGCUCCUUGAGAAUGGUUCUUCAGUUAUGGUUUGUUUGGAAGAUGGUUGGGAUAUUACUGCACAGGUGGUGUCUCUGGUGCAAUUACUUAGUGAUCCAUUCUACAGGACGCUUGAAGGCUUCCAAAUGUUAGUGGAAAAAGAAUGGCUCUCUUUUGGUCAUAAGUUCAAUCAGCGUAGUAAUGUGACCCUCAAUUGUCAGGGUAGUGGAUUUGCUCCCAUUUUCUUACAGUUCCUGGACUGUGUGCAUCAGAUUCACAACCAGUAUCCAACAGAGUUUGAAUUCAAUCAGUAUUUCCUGAAGUUCUUAGCUUUCCACUACGUUUCAAAUAGAUUUAAAACAUUUCUUCUGGAUUCAGACUAUGAAAGACUAGAACAUGGGACAUUGUUUGAAGAUAAAGGAGACAGACAUACCAAAAAGGGAAUCUGUAUUUGGGAAUGUAUUGAAAAAAUGCACAAAAGGAGCCCUAUUUUCUUCAAUUACCUAUAUGCAACUGUUGAAACAGAGGCAUUAAAACCAAGUGUAAAUAUGUCCAGCCUGAAAACGUGGGAUUACUAUAUGGAAGAGACCUUGGCCACAGGUCCUUCCUAUGAUUGGACCAUGGUUACUGUGAAAUGCAACACUUCAGAGGAAGUUGACCAAAUGGAUGGUUCAUUUCCCCAGAGUAAGAGGAAAAUAGUGUGGCCGUGCUAUGAUGAUGUUAGCAAAGUGCAACCUGAUGCAAUCACGAGCCUCUUAAAUGAAAUCGAAAGACUGGAGAAUAAAUUAAAUCAGAGCUCAGAAAGGUGGCAGCUCCUGUGGGAAAGGGUCACUGUGAAUCUUAAAGAUGACACAAGACAAGACAAUCCACAAAGACAUCCUUCUGGCUCAUCAGGGAUAAUGUCUCCUAAUCCACAUUUGUAUCAGAAGAGGUCUUUCCUGCACUUACCUGACAGUGGUCUGGGUGAAGAACAAAGUGCCAGCAUCUCUCCCUCUAAUGGAGUGAACAGACGAGCAACCACACUAUACAAUCAGUUCACGUCAAAGAAUGAUGAGAAUAGGUCUUUUGAAGGUACACUUUACAAAAGAGGAGCUUUGUUAAAAGGUUGGAAACCUCGCUGGUUUGUACUGGAUGUGACAAAACACCAGCUGAGGUAUUAUGAUUCUGGUGAGGACACAAGCUGCAAGGGACACAUUGAUCUUGCAGAAGUCGAAACAGUGACUCCUGCAUCUCCAACAAUUGGCGCACCAAAGCAUGCUAGUGAAAAAGCAUUCUUUGAUCUGAAGACAAGUAAACGUGUGUAUAAUUUCUGUGCCCAAGAUGCACAGAGCGCACAGCAAUGGAUGGACAGGAUCCAAAGCUGUAUUUCAGAUGCGUAACAGAGAAUACCAUUCCACUGCCAACUGCAGAAAAGAAAUGCUUUCAGCAGUUCAUGUUGCAAGAAGAUACAUUUUGAAAUGCUAUUACAGAACAAGCAACCUUCCUUUCAUUUCAGUCAUUAAUACUCAUUAUAUGCUGAAGCAUCUUCUCUGUUUAAGUAUUAUAACCACUAUAACUACUCCUUUUCUCCUGAUAGGAGAACUUUUCAAAUUAGUAAUCUGUUUUGCCUGAAAUAUAACUCUUUUCAAUAUGUUUCCUAGCUAAAUGAGCCUGCUGUACACGCUGAAAUAUGCUACCCUCUAAUACUGUUUUUCUAAUCAGAGUUGCAUCAGAAAAACUGUCUAGCUAAAAUUGUGGACAUUUUUCUUCAAAUAGCGUUCUGUUUUCAUCAAGUUUUAAUAUUUAAACAAAGUGGUCCAAAUUUUUCAAGCUAGUUGUGGAAGAACAUUUCUACAGUUUCUAAGAAAAGUUUAGGUUUGUGAAUUCAGUGACAUGCAUAGCAUAUUAGCAAAUGUCACUUAAUAUUUUUAAAGACCAAAAAACAAAACCUUAACUUUCAAAAAGAGGUUUCUUCUCAAAUCUACUAGCUGCUCUCUAACCUCUUGCUCUAAAUCAUGCUUCUGCAAUUUUACUGUUAAUGUAUGGCAUUUCAAGUUCCCACUGUUGAGCUAAAGAGUAUGUUUUUUGGGUAUUCUAUUUGCCUAUUAUAAUAGGAUAAUGGAAAGAGAACUGGCUGAUGAUAACAAGAAGAAACUUGCCACAAAUUAAGACAUUUAUAGGAGAAAAAUCUCUGAGUAUAAAAAGUUGUAUAUGUUUAUUUAUGUUCUGUUCUGCUCACUGUAAAGUUGAAAAUAACAAACACAAUGAUAAAUGCACUAAACAAUAAAGCAAACACUUGCACUGAAAUCAUUGAAAUGCAGACAUUUUGCGGGACAGAGGUAAGUUAUUUAUAGCGGAACAAUGCUAGCUAGAUAACUUUUACAGAUACUAAAUAUGUACAUAAUUUGGUUUGAUGUAAUUUGAUACUUUAAAAACAUUUUUGCACAUAUAUUGGAUGACUGUUUUAGAUUUUUACAUUUAGUAACACUGUGUUUGUUCAUCUUCAAAUCUUUGAGGAAUGUUGUUGGGUUAUUUUUAUAUAUAGCCCAAAAUUACUAGAGGUUUUAUUUGCUACAGUUUGUGAUGACAUGGAGUGGAGUCUUUAGAUAAAAAACAUUGUGAGGUUUUUUUAAUGUUAAUAUGUUAAAUAUCCAACUAAUAUUUCAUAGAGUUUGUAUAUAUGAUUUGGUAUUUUCUGAUUUUUUCCAGGCAUUCUUCUUAUAAUUGUUAAUAUCAGACUAACCUAACUGACUUCAUUUAUAGGAUUUCAGUUAUUAAAUAGUUUAUCCCCUUUUUUUAACCACUUUUUUCAUUUUUUUGACUAAUAUUCAAUUUCACGCUGCACACAGAAUAGGAAAUGCAGCUGUUUUAUUACAUAUGGAAUUUUUUUAAAGGAAUGAAGGACCUUUUUUUUUAGCAUUUUCAAUUGAUAAAUCUCCACCUGUGAAAAUGGUGUUUGCACAUUUGUAUUUUUCUGUGUAUAUGAAGUACUUUUAUAUGUACUUUGUAAAAUACUGAUCCCACUGUUUUUAAGGUCAUUUGAAAAUAUACACAACACAUCUUAUUUUGUAACUAGGUUAUUUUAACUAUUUUAUGUAUGUUACAUGACUUAUGUAUGCUAACCAUCUUGUAAUAAAUACACUUUUUUUAAAAAAAGAUCCUUCCUUUACUGUGAAAGAUGAUAUCGGUGUAGUGCAAUACCCACAGAAUAAAGAUCUUCUUAUAUCUUGUACCAUAACACACAAUCCCAAAUUACCUGGUAUUAAAAUGAGUGGGUAUUUGUGUAUACUUGUAUAUAUUCCUAUACAAAAAAUGCACAUUGAGAAACCUUAGCUGAAAGUUAAACAUCUAUCAGCAAAAAUGCUAUAAACCAAGGAAAUUUGAAUUUAAAGCAACAGUAUCAUCCAUAAUUCAGUAUCAAUUUACAUACCUUUCCCAGAGACCAAAUACAUAAUUAUUGCACUUAGUCAUUAAAUAUUAACAUUAGGUAUAAAGAAACCAGAACCUUCACUGCACAGUUUGCUCAGCACAGCUCUGCCAUAUGUCAAAGCCAUAUAUCUUACUAAUUUAUACAAUUUUGUAUUUAAAUUAACUAGUUUAUAAGAAAUUAAAUGGUCAGAAUUGAAAAUGUGCAUCUGAAUUUGGUCCUUAUUUACUGUAUGCAUAUGUAUUUGUGCAGGAAUUGGAAUGGAAAAGGAGUGUUAUAGAGGUGAGCAGUCAGUGACUCUAGUUGGGUAUUGUGAAGCUUGGGAGGUAAAGUUUGUAAAUUGAGUUUGGUGUGGCUAUUAAGGUUUCUUAAAGUGUUGAUCUCAGUUUUUAGCAUCUGCAUCGAUGGAAAAUGCACGUAAAUCAAAAAAUUCUAAAUAAAACACACUAAUUUUUAAGUAUAAAUGUCCAAAUUUAUUGUUGGAUGUGGUUAAAGGGGAGGGCAUGAAGGGUGGUCGGCAUGGGAGCAUAGAAGAGGCAGGGUCAACGGAUGUUGGUUGAUGGGACAGCAGCCAUGAGGUUGUUGGCCUCAGCAGGAGUCAUGAAAGAGAGGAGCUGGGGGUAGGGACAGGGUAGAUAUGGUGGUGUUGAUGUAGCAUAAGAUUUAGGAGCCAUGGAGCUGGUGGAGGUUAGCAACAGAGAUGAGUAGGCAAAAGGGAGUGUUGAGACACAGUGACACAGGCUAUGGAAGCCUCUCCCCACAGUGGGCAGAACUUCCCUUUGCUGACGGAAUCCCUGACUGUUCUGUGGGGAUUCUCAGCACAGAGAAACCCACCCAGGCAAGAGGAGAGUUCACAGCACUUUCCUAUGGAAGAGCACCACCUCUGUCAUGCACCAUCAGUUCUCUCCUGCUAUGAUCUAUAAGAGGCCUGCCCGUUGGAGAAGGGAGACAUAUUAUCAAGGGUCAUAUUUAAAGUGCAGAGGGUAGCUUGCCCUCACUUCUUCUCUACUGACACCAUCUCCCAUAACAAACGAUAGGGUGACUUGCUUUUUGAAAAAAAGAUGUUUAGAACAUGUGAACAUUGAUACUUGAAUGUCAUAUUGCCAGUGUCAUAUU